ACAAAACAAGCCUUUCGUCCGCCGGGUAGUUUUUUUUUCUUCUGAGUGGAAAAGUUUUCUCUUCAAGUUUUUUUCUUUUUAAUUUUUUCAAUAUGAUUCUUCCGUGCAACGUCUAAUUAAAUGUGAAAAAAACUAAAAUUAUUUAAUACUUUAAGUGACAAAUUGUGAAUGUUUUAAUAAUAAUCACAGGAAGGAAAUUCUUUCAAAGCAACAAAAAAAACAUUACGAAUUGAAAAAAAGUAAAGAAAAAUUCCCCACGAAUUCAAAUUUUUUUUUAUUAUUUCAUUUGUGUCGUUCGUUCUCCUUCUCGUUCGCUGUGUGGUGGCUCGCUCAAAGUGGGGCACAGCAGCAGUACAAGCUUCUCACCAGCGCGAACUUAAAAUAGAAAACGUCACACUCAAUUUUAUGAGGUUCAUUUUUUUGAAUAUAAUAAAAAAAAUAAAUCAAAUUGUAUUUAUGAAACAGAAAUCACAAAUCGUGUCGGGAAAAUAACAAACUUAAUGCUGAAUAUCGUGUCUUUAUUUCCACCAGCAAAUACGGCAGCUGGCUGAAUUUUUGAGUUUUUGAAAAAGGCUCAACCUGAAGGAACAAAAAGAAAUUCCAUCCGUUUUGUGGUUAGGUUAUUGCAUAAAAUAUUUGUUAUCGUUGUUGUGUGAGUGCAGGAAAAGAUCCUGGAAUAUUGUUGCGACAACAUUUUGGAUCUGAAAUCGCGGAAACGAUCAAAAUGAUCUCUGAUUACCAAUUGUACCCUCACCUGUGAAUUCAGAUGUGUAUACUUGACAAGGUCUAAUAAGGAGUGCUGAAAUAAGUUAUAUCCCAAAUCAAUACCAGUCGUGUUAGUAUCGAAGCAAAAACAUUCAACAAGAGUUUAUACAACAAAGCAAUGAAUGAUAAAAAUAACUUAACAUUGCAUCAACAUCAGCAGCUUAAUUCACACGAUGACAAUGAGGAACCAUUAGUUUCAUCAACAUCAAAUGAUACGACACCCCCAUCGACAACGGUUGCCGUAGUAGUUACGUCUCCAACCAGCUCUAGUAAUAGCAGUACAAGCAGUAGCAAUAAUCAUCCCGAUAAAACGCCACCAACAUCAUCAUCACCAGCCAGAACCUGUGUGACCUCGAGUACGGGAAAUAAUAGUAAUGAUUCGCUGAUAAUAAUUUCAACAAAUCAUAAUCCGCCGAAUGCUGAGCAGUGUCAUCGGAAUAAUGACAGACUUUUGACAGAAGUAUUAAACGAUGAACCCAGUUGCAGUAAUAAGAGAAGCACUAAUACUUACCAUGAAGAGGCAGCAACUUCGUCUGCUACAUCAGGCAGAAAAGUUCCGGUGCCAUCAAUAGGAUGCAAUAAGAGUAUUAAUAAUUUCAAUAAGAAUAACGUAAAUUUAGAUAAAUCGCCCGUAGAAGAGGCGAGAGGAAUGGUUGCUCUACGAAAAGCGACCAGCGAGAUGGUCGCAGUUGCUUCAACAAGUGGUAGCAGUGCUAUUACAAAUGAAGGCAAUGAGACAAAUUCCACCAAGAUUGAUGAAGGUGGUGGCAAUGGUGGAGACGAUGGCGGAGGGGGAGGCAAGAAGUUCACCAAUAACAGUGAAUCUCAGAAAGAGGAGCGCAAAGUGGAACCACUGAAGAUCAACCUUAUCCGACAUGAAGCGGUAAUACCGAAGAUAACGAUUAAACCUAUAAUUAAACCAGUUGAAUCGGCGGGGUCCUCUCAUGAUUCCGGAGGCAAUGUAGAGGUAUGUGCUCGAAAUUCUCCAAUACCAAAGUUGACCAUAAAGUCGAUGGUAGUCAAUAGUGGAGGAUCGGGAACAGGAGAUUCCAUUCCCAACGAGCCACAUAUUGUGCCCAAACUGACAAUACGUGCUAACGAUUCGAAUGACUCUUCAGCAACUUCGUCAAGUACCUCAUUGCAUACGGUUGUUCCAAAGUUGACGAUAAAAAUGGACAGCGGUGGAAUCAAUUGUAUAAACAACGAAACGAAAUCUCACUACAUAGAGCUCUCAUCUUCGUCAUCGUCUUCUUGUUCAUCCCCAUCGCCGCCGUCUAAUGUUGACAUACAACCGCCUUUGCCGAAGCUGACAAUAAAGACGACGGUAGACGGUAGCAGUGAGGCGACGAUAUCGAAUAUCCCGCCAUCUCCAUCGCAAUGUAACUUUGUUGGCUCCACGUCGACGGCUAAUUGUUCGUCGUCAACAGUUCCAAAAAUUACGAUCAAAAGUAUUCCAAAACCGGUGGCGGAGCCAUUGGAUACCGAAGAGGAGGCAAAGGUGCCCAAGUUGACUAUAAAAACCAGUCAGGAACAUGCCGUGAUCAUUCAACACCAAUCGAUUCCAAAGAUGACAAUUAAGACGAAGUCUUUAGAAAUUCACGAAUCAGAACCGAUAGAGAAAAUUCCGAAGAUCACAAUUAAAACAACAAGCAAUAGUAAUGAUAGCUUCACGAUUAAAACUAUUCCGGAGAAUAAUUGUUCGUCGGUGGCUUCAAGUAGUUCUUCGAUUCCAAAACUAACAAUAUCGACUAACGAAACAAGCACCACAUGUACGGUUAUUGAACAGUCACCGGAUCGUGUACCAAAGUUAAUGAUAUCGCGUCAAGAAGACCACUCCAUAGUGGAUUCUGAAAAAGUGCCUAAACCGGAGAAGAUCCCAAAGCUGACUAUAAAGUCAAUUCCAGCUUCGACAACUGACAGCGAAAAAUCACCAUCCGAAAAACAAGUUAUUCCGAAAUUGACUAUUAAAACUAAUGCCAACACGAGUAGUGUAAUUACCGGCGGUGAAGAGGUACAAGAAAAGAUUCCAAAAUUUACAAUACGCGCCUCAGACAACAGUGGGGACAACAUGAAACUCACAGUUGUAUCUGAUCCACUUCCACCAGCUGAUCUGCUUACAGAAACCACUGGUGAGGAAAUACCCAAAGUCGUCCCCAAGUUGACGAUAAAAAACUUAUCAUCUCCAAAACUAAAAAUAAAAGCAAUUCCAGCAGCAGCAGUAGCCGACGCAGCUCCCGCCGCUGCCGAAGAAAAACUAAAGGAAAACGAAGUCAGCGAAGAUAAUAAUUCAUCAUCAGCAUCCGUAGUUUUGGAGAAAAAAAUAAUAAAUGAAAUGAUGAAUCAAUGCAUUGAUGACGUGGAGUCUGUACUGCCAAAGGUGAUUCUACAGAACCACCACUCAACAGCUACGAAUAAUAUUUGUGCGUCAGUGACGGCAUCGGUGACGGAGCCUUCUUCGUCAUCAGUGGAUGCUGUCGAUCUAGAACGUAAAAAUUCCUCAGACAUGGAAAUUGAUAAAACCCUAAAUCAUGAUCCACAAACGUUCAACAAUGCAAGCUUAAGAUUCUCACAAGGCAUUCCGGUAAUAAAAGUUGUCCAGAGCUUUGACACGGUUGAUCUAACGUCAUCUCCUUCGCCCGGUUCAUCGCCUGUACGAAUUUUCGAUGAAGUUACGAAGAACGUUAGCAACCAUGGAUCAGUAAACUUGCUGAUGGAAAGACUACAGCGAAUAGAUGGACUUAUAAAAAAGCAACAAGCCUCAAAUGCACCAACGUCGGUAUUGGUUUCUUCUCCUUCACAACCAUACGAGUCAAUACCAAAUGGACAGCAUGAACAAAAAAGUUUACCAUCCUCAGAAUCACUAAUGGAAUCGAUAGAAAUUCUUGAUUCUCCCGAAGAAAGUCAAUCUUCGAUGCACGAUUCAAGUGUGAGAAUGGGAGUGGUAGUUACGAAACCAGUAACAAUGACAAUAGACCCUACAACUAUUCCAGUCAUUACGAAACAGCAACCUUCGCCGAAGGAAAACAAUCGCAUUAUUGUAAAUAACAUCAUAAAUCAUUCAAGUAAGUCCCACCACUCGCUAAAUAAUAAUAAAGAAGAGCAAUUACAAGUGCGCGUAAACAACCUUAAAAGGCACGCACCUAUCAGUGAGAUAUAUUCCCCCGAUGGUCACAAGAUGCCAAAGCUUCUUAGUUAUGUAGAAAAGAAAACCUUCCCGCUUCCAACGUUGAACCACAUCGAUUUGCCUGUAAACAAUCACGUUCUUGUGCCUAAGAAGCUUGCUGCUGAUCCUCUAGCUUUAGAAUUGGAUCCCAUAACAAAUAAGUUGGAGACAGAGGAAACAAAGUCAACGACUACGAUGGUGUGUACAGUACCUGAAGUGCCUGUGGCACCUCCUGAUAAAAGAAAACGUGGCCGGCCCAGGAAGUCUGAGAAGUUAGUCACAACUCCUGUUGCCGCCCCGACUUCUGUUGUCACUCCAACUAUCCAACCGAAUGCGAAUGAAGAAACAGUUCCAGAUGAUGUGGCAGUAAAAGCAAAGCGUGUUCUUCUGCUGAAAAAGCGUUUAGCUAUUGACUUUGUUGGAUCUGAGCCAUUAGAAGAUGGUUCACUAAAUGACAAACGUUCCCAGCGGACACCUUUGCGAAACUCUAGACGCAGUGGUACUCCGGUGCUGGUUAAAACGCCUUCAGAAACAAACUCGGUUAAUGAUAGAUUACAGCCUCCUGCCAAACACAACAAACAUUCUUCUUCGUCUUUGUCAUCAUCACAGUCAUCGCAAGAUCAACCGAUGAAUCAUAAUAGUGUAUAUCCAAUCGGUACUUCAUCGUCGUCUUCUUCAAUUUCAUCUGCUUCAAUUUCGGCUCAGCUAUUAGAAUCACAAACGACCGACUUACUAGAAUCACAAACAAACCAAGUAGAAGAAAACAAGAUGGAUGAAGAUAGCGAUUUGAUGAUUGUAGAUGGUAUGAAGACGCCUCCACCGAAAGAAAGCUCUGCAUUUCCAGAUGAGUUGUUCAUGACUCCCAAGACUGAGGACAGGAGACGAACGGAUUCCCUAGACGGAUCGAGUGAAGAUAUGAAUGCCCCUCAAACGCCGUCUCGAGGACGUGGACGAGGACGCGGUAGAGGUCGAGGCCGGGGUCGUGGAGUCGGGCGAGGUAGAGGCAGAGGCCGGGGAACUCCCCGACCUAGGUGUAUUGGAGGACUUAAGCACACACCCGAUCCAGAGCGACUGAAAGGAGUAAACUUUUUAAGUCCGGAGCGAAAAAAAUACCUUGAAGCUUGUGCCAACAGAACACCGUCGGAAGUUCAAAUUUACGAAGAAGACACUCUAAUGAGUGCCGAUUUCGUCGAUACACCCCGCCCAACAGAAUACUUUAACAACGAUGAUACACAAAGUUCCAUGAUAAGUAAUACAAGCAUUUUGGAUACCAGUGCAGUUGUUCGUAAAGUUAAAAGGAAGAAAUUCGAAACUGUUGCAACGGAGAAUGCGGAGUAUACUGUUGACCUUAUUGCUGAAUACGAUUGGCCACCACCUAAGGGCUGUUGUCCAGCAAAGAAUCGUGAUACAUUUAUGAUUCAAGAACAAAUAGCCUUGUAUCUGGGUAUUAAGAGUUUCAAACGAAAGUAUCCAGAUUUGCCGCGACGACAAGUCGAUAUGGAAGAGCGCAAUUGGUUGCAGGAAAAAGGACUAGUUGCAGAGAAGAUGUGUGAUCUCGGUAUAACAGCGGUGUGGGCUUCUGACGUACUGGAUAUUAUGUAUACGGAUUUUUAUGAAAAAUACGAAGAAUAUAAAAAUUUUGUACGCCAGAAGCAUAUACGAGAACUCGAGGCUAAAGCGAAGGUAGGAAUGAACUUGAACGUGUCUUUUCGGGGAAUGGCAACACGUGAUAGAGCAUUGCACGCGACUUCAAAUUGGAACGCACAUUUUAAUAAAUCUCGUAAAGAGGAACGUAGAUCUUGCUUGGACCUCCAAACUUUGGUCGUGAAUGUCCCGCUUCCGGCGAAAUUAGUCAACCGUCCAUCACCGGUUACGGUAAAACCUAUGGAACCAUCGUGCAGCUAUGCAAUGGCACUAGUACCAGGGCAGUUUUGUGAGAAUUAUCGUCAUUAUACACCCCAGGAACUAAGAUCAUAUCCAAUUAACACUGUUCUUGAAGACCCAAUGACGUGGAAAAACAGAUUCAGUUCAACGAAAACUGAAACUGCUGAUGCCUCGGAUGUUGAAACAUCUUCAUCGUGCGAAGAAGACAAAGAGGAUGAUGAUGCUAGCUCGAGUAGCAGUAGUUCAUCGGAUUCAAGUUCGGAUGAUUCGGACUCUGAUUCGUGUCAAUCAUCAGAUGAAGAGAAACCUCCGGAUGGUCUGCAAUGUAGUGUUUGCCACCUGCCACAGAAUAAAAAUCAAAAAGGACAACCUGAAGUAUUUAUUCGAUGUUAUACCUGCCGCAGAAGAACACAUCCUAGUUGCAUAGAAAUGCCAAAUCGUAUGGUAGGCCGAGCUAGAAAUUACAAUUGGCAGUGCGCCGACUGCAAAUGCUGUAUUAAGUGCAAAAGAAAACAAGAUCCAACAAAGAUGUUGUUCUGUGAACAAUGUGAUCGUGGUUAUCAUAUCUACUGCCUUGGUGUUAAAUCUGUACCCGAAGGUCGAUGGCACUGCGAACGUUGCCUUGUAUGUAUGCGGUGUGGUUCCACUAAGCCAGAGGGUCAUGUCCAACCGUUACUAUCUCCAACAGAUUCACCUGCUAUAGUUAAAACUAACAAACACAAAAAAGCGAAAUGGGUCAAUGAAUAUCGCAUUGAUCACAUAACCAAAUUGCGCGAGCAUAGUUCGAUGCUGUGCGUUCCUUGUGCAAGACACAAGGCUAAUUCUCGUCGUACUUGCAACAACAAUAACAACAACAACUCCUCAACGACGGCACCACACAGUGGCAGUGCACAUUCCCAUAACAAUCAGCAAAUGUCACCGCCACCACCACCUCCACCAGUUGCGACUAUAGUUACACCUGCGCCCCAAAACCUUAACACAGUGCUAUCACCGACGGCGGUGCCACAAAGGCCAAAAGCAUCUAAAAAAUCAACAAAACCAUCAACAACGACUCCGUCGGUGAAAAUAAAAAUAAAUGAAAGAAAAAACAGAAAAAAAGAACAUUUAAUUAUAGUAAAUUAGCUAUUAAGACUAACAAUAGUUAAAAUAUUUUGUGUACAACAACAUUUGCUAUGUGUAUAUUAUUAGAAAAAAAAAGAAACAAAAACAAAUCAUUGAUAAUAUUAAUGAAAAUACAAAUAAAAAAAAAAUAUAUUUAAUUGUUUUAGAUUUUCAAAAAAAUAAAAAAGAAAAGAAAUUAAUUGUAUGUUUAAUUUUUCUCAUUUAAGUUUGCCGUAAUUAUAUGUAAAAGUUGUAUAUUUUUAUAUUUUAAAAAAACAAAUUAAAUGGAUGAAAGCUAUAAUAUAAAAAUUAUAAAUAGGGAUUGAACGAAAAAAAUAAUGUUUAUUCAGUUAAACGAAAAACUUACAUACACGAUAAAAAAUAAAAAAAAAAAAAAACAAA